GCAGGUUGACGGUCCAAGUUCUGCGAAAAAAUGCAUCGAACAAUUGACAAGCAGAUCUACGACAGAAAAAAAGCAGAUGGCAUCGAUCGAUGUAGUCAUUAACAUAUUGAAACAACAUACAUUCAAAUCGCACAUGCUAUCAGAUAAAUAUCUUGAGGAAGGCUCCGAAACAUCAUUGAUAGUUAAAUACUGGGGAAUGGUCUUUGAGGCCUACUUCUCAUACCAUCAAGACAUCCAGUUACAGUGGGGCGACACGAGUUCAAGCAUCCAGCAAGUACGGCAUCUUUUCAACCUUGAUAUCCGGGUUUUGGCGACUAAUUACACCACUCACAUCGAAGCAGCAACUGGCGAAGUUGCCAAGGUUGCAGCUGUGACGGAAACAAAACUUUUCCAAGAUCGACUUAAAUCCGUACUAGUAUCAAAAGCGCACCUGAACUCUAUCCUGAAGAAAAUGCCGAACAUAACAGAGGAUAUGGUCAAAAGUAUUCAAGUACCGAUAAUUCAGGCAUUGGGUACCACUUGCUUUGUUUACUCAAUGACUUUGAUUGAUAAGAAACUGUAUACGUUACAAGAAGUAUGUGAUUUCCGAUAUCCUCGCACAUACGCCGAUUUGAGAGAUGGUACCAUACUACUAAAACUUCUCCGUAGUUUGGAUUUGGUUAUGGUAAGAUGCUAAAUAAAAAGGAAAGAUAGAAGGGG